UCUUCUUGUAGCUGGGUGGAAGCGAAGUGGAAAGAGUGGAAGGAUGGCGGGUGAAGAAGAAUGGAGGAAGAACGCGGACACUCAUAAGAUGAGUGCGGAGGAAGUGAAGGCCGCCGGAGUGGAAGCCUCUAAGAGACCGCCCGGCAGCGGCCGCCACCCUGGAGGCAUUCUUCACCAGAGAAGAGCUCUUCCCUUCAGUUUCACGACUAUCACUCUCACUGGCUUAUUCCUCUCCGCCACCAUCGGAUAUUUCGUCUUAUACGCCCACAAGAAGCCUGACGCCACUGCCUCCGAUGUUGCUAAGGUUGCUGUUGGCGUUGCUGACGCUCACGACACUCGCCCCGGCAAUUAGCUCCCUUUCAUUCUGUCUUCGCAAUCUCCUCGGCACAAUCUGUGUGUUAUGAUCUCUUUCUUGGCAAUCUCUGUUUUGAU